AUGUCCGCAGAACCAUCAGAUCUGAACAAGGUCGAUUCGGCCAUAUCGGGCCUCUCAUCAUCCCCACCAGAAGUCAAAGGGCAUCGGAGAGCGAGCUCUAGCGCCGCUGGGGUGUAUAACAUUGCUGACCUAGAGAAGGAAGGGAAAGAACUGGAGAUUGCGAAAGAGACACAGCAACUCAAUUGGAGACUGAACACAUCGCCAUCAACAGUAGACGAGAAAGAAGCAUUGAAAAAGUACCUCACGACUCCACCGGUCAAGAAGAUUGACCUACACUUCCCACUGGGGUUGGAGGUCACCGCUCGAAAUCUGAAAGGUGUCACGAUCAAGGAUGCUUUGGAUGCUAUACACAAGCAAUUCAAGAAGAAGAAAGACGACGAGCUCGAGCUACCUGUCUUGGCUGGAUUCGAGUGGGACAAGGAAGAGUCGUGGACGAGACUGAUUGUUCACCAAAAGAAAGAGGGACAAGCCAGCGGCGGCGGAAAAAAGAAGAACAAAUAA